GCCUUUCACAGUAGUCAGAUUAAAUAAAUAAAUGAUUAUAUUAAUAUAAGAAAGAUCAAAAUAAUAUAUAUAAUAUAUUUGUAUAAAGUUUCAUUUCUAUACGAUGAUAAUCAAUCUAUAUACGUACAUACUACUACACGUCCAAUUAUGGAUAUUUUCUUUAAAAAUUGCUUAUUAUAUAAAGUAUUAUUCAAUAUUUAAUAUAAUUAUUAUAUAAGGUAAUACUUACUUUAAAAUAUGUCGAUUUCAACCUUAGCCUUAAAUUUUACAAAAAACUACUAGUAAACAUUUGAAUUUCGUACCGGCAUAUACAUAAGAACAUAACCUUCAAUACAAUGAAGCGAAAACAUUUUAGGCAAUUUUUACCAUUUGUGAUACUUGUUAUAGGAGGUACAUUUUUUAUCCAGGAAUUUGUAAGCCUAAAAUAUAAGUAUCCAAAAGUUACAUCCUACGAUUUGAAAAUAGAAACUAAAAAACGAGGUAUUGAAAUGAAAAAAAGUCGUACUUUUGAAGAGGAAUAUGAGUUAAUAAAAACCUUGGAUAUUGAUAAUUGGGAAAAUGUUCGUAUACCACGACCAUGGGAGGAUCCAAGCAUGACAAACAAAUGAAAUUGUAAAAAGAAUUUACUUUAAAAAAAAUAUAUGUACAUUGUAUGUAUAUAAAAGUAUAUUUAUAACAAAUUUUUAUGUAUAUUAUAUUAUAGUUACGAUAAAAUCUGUAUUAAAA